UCUGAGGAUUCGACCUCAAUGACAGCAGCAUUAAAAGAAUUUAAAAGUCCCAUAAUCCCGAAAUUUAAUAUUACUUUUCCAUAUGCGGCACAGCCUGAUAUCAUUCGAGCAAAUCAAAAGGAUGUUUAUUAUCAACGCGUGUUAGAAGAGCAAGUAAUCAAUGUAUUUCGAACUUUUUUUGGGACGCGAAUACUACAUCAGUAUCAGAAAGAAGUUAACGUGAUUUCUGAUUUAUUUUAUUUUGGACUAACAACUUUAUUAGGUACUCAAACCUUAGGCGAAGAAUACUGUGAUAUUAUGCAAACCUCUGAAUCAACUAAACAAUUUCCAUCUUCGAGCACUUUCCUUAAAAAUCAUGUUCAUGCAAUUCAUCUUGCUAUAUUUUACUUCUAUGGAGCUUAUUAUAGUUUAUCGAAACGAGUCACUGGAAUUCGUUAUAUAUUUACAAGACAAUUGGGACUUCAUGAACAACGUCUCGGUUAUGAGAUACUUGGAUUUUUACUUGUAAUACAGUUUAUCAUCCAAGCAAACCUUUACCGAAGAACUUUGGAUAAUGGUGUAUCCGAUAAAGACGAUGAUGAUAAUUCUGAGGAUGAAGCAGAUUUGACGUUUACGUCGACAUUAGGAUUAACGCCUCGAGAAAUUGCAGCUCGUAAAUGUACCCUUUGUCUUUCACCACGCAAGAAUACUACGGCUACUCCUUGUGGUCAUUUGUUUUGUUGGUCUUGUAUUAUUGAAUGGUGCUGA